GUAAGACUCCGGCUAACGUUACAACCACUUCGCUGAAAGUUAGACCCGUUUUUCCCCCUCCCGGCGCGUCCGAGAGGAGGCGAAGUUUAGAAAACCACGCCGGCGGCAGAGGGGGGCAAAGUUGGCGAGAGAGUUCGGGGGCGGAUCAGAUGCUAGCCUGCAGCCUCCCGAGACGUCGUCAUGUUCACCAAGAAGAAGAAGUCUCGCAUCCAGAUCUCUGCCCCUUCCAACUUCGAGCACCGCGUCCACACCGACUUUGACGAGCAGGAGCAGAAGUUUGUGGGGUUGCCGCGGCAAUGGCAGUCGCUGAUCGAGGACACGGCCAAGAGGCCCAAGCCCUUCAUCGAUGCCACCGUUAUCACCACCGUGGAGCCACGCAAGACUAUAGUGCGUGGCAGCAAGCUGGGGGUGGAUGGCUCUCUGACAUGGCUGCUGGACGAGUUUGAAACCAUGUCUGUAACCCGCUCCAACUCCCUCAGACGAGGAAGCCCCCCCGUCCAGCCGCGCAGAGACUCCAGCUCCUCGGGAGGAGGUGGUGGAGGGCAGGAGAACGGAGACCCUUACCAUAGACACUACCAACACACAGACCGACAGGACAGAGACCGACCCAGACCAGAACACCUGAGUGCAGGGGACCGGGGUGAUCCCCGUCAGGGUCAGCAUGGAGUCCGUCCUCCACAGAGAGAUGAUGGGGUACAUGGGCGACCCCAGCAGCAGCCCCGGGGCCAGGAGCCCAGCAGAGGCCACAGAGACAGGGACAGACUAGGCUCCGGUCCUCCUCCUCCCCCAGACCGAGACAGAAAGCCCCGUGAACAGCAGCACCAGGACCAGGUCGUUCGCAGGGACCAACCUAGUGACCAGAGGCCCAAAUCCAGCUACACAGGACGGGACGGCAGCCCCCAGUCUCCCCGGGAUAAGAGACCACUCUCCGGACCCAACAUCCGAACCCCCAACCUGCCCGUCACAGAGGGGGUGAUAAAGCCCACCCAGCAGAACACACGGCCCUUUAACACCUACCCCCGGACCGACAGCGAAGGAGGACGCAGUCCUACUGGACAGCCUAGCCGACACAACAAAUCUCCCUCGCACAACGGCCCCUCCAGCAGCUCCACCCAAGGUUCCUCCAGCUCCAAGCCCCCCAUCAGCCACUCCCACCACACCUCCCACCCGGCCCUGGGCCCCGAGGCCAGCCAGCACCCCCACACCCCUCACCCCAACGUCCCAGCCCCACGGCCCCCUGGCCCUGUGGCCCCAGGCUCUGGGCCGGCACCUCCCCCGGCCCGCUCCCCGCAGAGGGAGCCCCAGAGGGUGUCCCAUGAGCAGUUCCGUGCGGCGCUGCAGAUGGUGGUGGACCCCGGCGACCCCCGCACCUACCUGGACCACUACAUCAAGAUCGGGGAGGGCUCCACGGGAAUAGUGUGUAUCGCCACGGUGAAGACCACCGGCAAACUGGUGGCUGUGAAGAAGAUGGACCUGAGGAAGCAGCAGCGCAGAGAGCUACUCUUCAACGAGGUGGUGAUCAUGCGGGACUAUCACCAUGACAACGUGGUGGAGAUGUACAACAGCUACCUGGUGGGAGACGAGCUCUGGGUUGUGAUGGAGUUCCUGGAGGGAGGGGCGCUCACUGACAUUGUGACACAUACCAGGAUGAAUGAGGAGCAGAUUGCCACCGUAUGUCUGUCUGUCCUCAAGGCCUUGUCCGUCCUGCACACCCAGGGAGUGAUCCACAGAGACAUCAAGAGCGACUCCAUCCUUCUCACCCAUGAUGGGAGGGUGAAGCUGUCAGACUUUGGUUUCUGUGCCCAGGUGUCAAAGGAAGUACAGAGAAGGAAGUCUCUGGUUGGCACGCCUUACUGGAUGGCACCAGAACUCAUAUCCAGACUGCCCUAUGGACCAGAGGUGGAUAUUUGGUCUCUGGGUGUCAUGGUGAUAGAGAUGGUGGACGGGGAGCCGCCAUACUUCAACGAGCCGCCGCUGAAAGCCAUGAAGAUGAUCCGAGACAACCUGCCUCCCAAGCUCAAGAACCUGCACAAGGUCUCCCCUGUCCUCAAGGGCUUCCUGGACAGAAUGUUGGUCCGAGACCCCGCACAGCGGGCCUCGGCCAGCGAGCUCCUCAAACAUCCCUUCCUGACCAAAGCAGGUCCACCCUCCUGUAUCGUCCCUCUGAUGAGACAAAACCGAAUGAGAUGA